CCUAAUUGAUAAUGCAGUUGGGAAUGUAAUUUUGUAUUAUAAGUUAGAGUAACACAACAGAAGGGGGUGGGAAGAACUGGCAGUCAACUGCUGGUGGGGUAAACAGGCUUGAAUCUUAUUGGUCAGACCACUUGUGGCAUACUUCAGCCAAUCGCAAAAGCUCAUUGGAGCACGCCCACUUUGAGUGCUCUCUACAAUAAGUGUGCACAAACCAGCCCCUACAAUCACAAACUGUGGACAUCGCCACAGACAGCCGAAAUGACGCACAUCAACAGAGAGCAUUCCCAACAGAUUCGUCUCAUGCGGUCCGGUGGGAAAUCAGCACACGAGAUCCAGCAACAUUUUGAAAGCCUGGGCAUUAAAGUGUCGCUGAGAACGGUGCGAUAUCACUUCAAAGAGAGACAACCGCGCCGCUCAUGUUCGAGGAAACUGCACAAUGAUAUCCUGACUGCCAUUGAUGAGGUGACAAAGAGCAGCAAUAAGAUGAAGGCCCAGGCUUUGCAGCAGAAAAUUGAAGCAGAUUUCGGCGUUCAACUGAGCCUGACCAGCGUACGCCGCGCCCGCAGGAACCUCGGGUGGAAAUCUGGAAAGACCGUCUUCUGCCCGAUCACAAAAGAGCUCAACAAAGAGGCUCGGCUAAAGCAGGCUCUUCAGUGGCUCGAGUCUGGAGAGACGUGGCACGACGUAUUGUUCACGGACGUAACGACGGUAACACUGGAGCACUCCUCCAGGUUUUGUGCCAGCAGAAAGGGCCAACUUGUCUACAGACCACAGCCCAAACAUUCCUAUAAGAUCCACGUCUGGGGGCUGAUAUCACGACGCGGCCCAGGUCCUUUGGUCAUCUUCGAGGGAAGCAUGGACAGACACUAUUUUGAGAACGCCAUCAUCAAAGACAUAGCAGCACCAUACAUCAGGGAAGAUUUUGGGUCGCAUCAUCGCUUCUUCCAGGACAACGAUCCGAGGCAUACCGCCGCCGCAACGUGCAUCGCGUCUGAGGGGAUCAACUGGGUGAGGACUCCGCCACAGUCGCCGGAUUUGAACCCGGUCAAGCUUGUUUGGCAAUCAAUGAAAGACUUCAUCCGAAAGGAGGUAAAGCCUCGCACGAGACACGAAAUUGUCCGAGCUAUAGAGGUCUUUUGGGACACGAAACUGACCCAAAAGUUCUGUAAUGAAGUUAUUACAGGCUUGUCAGAAGUACAGAGACUGAUUGUGAAGAACAAAGGAGGGCCUAGCGGAAAUUGAGUCCAAACAAUUUACACACACAUUUAUGUUUGUUUCAUCUUGUUUUAUACUG